AUGGCGUCUCAAAGUAAAGUCGGGUUCAUUGGGUUGGACGACCUGAGUUUGGAAUUAGCUGCUUCACUCCUUCGCGCUGGCUAUGGCGUCCAGGCGUUUGAGACAUUCAGCCCUUUGAUGGACGCAUUUUUGAAGCUUGGGGGAGUAGGAUGUGUGAACCCUAUGGAGGCUGGGAGAG